AUGUCUGAAUUCGAAACAAACAUCCCAACUACUUUUGAUCCCUUUGCUGAGGCAAAUGCUGAGGACUCAGGUGCGGGGACUAAAGAGUAUGUUCAUGUUCGUGUACAACAACGUAACGGAAGGAAAAGCCUAACAACUGUUCAAGGAUUAAAGAAAGAGUAUAGCUAUAGCAAAAUACUCAAGGAUCUGAAGAAAGAAUUCUGCUGUAAUGGUACAGUUGUCCAAGACCCUGAGUUGGGCCAGGUUAUACAACUUCAGGGAGAUCAAAGAAAGAAUGUUUCUACUUUCCUUGUGCAGGCUGGCAUAGUAAAGAAGGAACAUAUCAAGCUUCAUGGUUUCUAA